UUCAGGUAGUGGGAAGCGGUUAGCGGGGUGCUGUCAGUGAGCGCGGAGGUCUCCGUCCUUGGCCAUUAAGGGCUCGCUGCCUGUUGCUUUCUGUUAAACUUGUUUUCUGUCCGCAAAGUUAACUUGGAGCGCACAGAUGCUGUCAUUCAGGAGCGUGCUUACUGGGACGCUGCGGAAGGAACACCGGGGUGGCGGUGCGCUUAUUGCUGCUUUGGGGCUCCGCAAGUCCGCUGCUGGUGUGAUGCUGAACCCGUCUGGGCUUUCCCCCGUCUCCUCCUCCCGCAGAACUCUGUGCGGGCUAUCCGCGGCGCGGCGCGGACUCAUUCAACGCAAGAUGACCGAGAACGGCGUGGCGUCGCGACGCGGGAAGGUGCUGACGGUGGACACCAUGAAUCCCAAUGUCAAAAAGGUUGAGUACGCGGUGAGGGGGCCCAUCGUGCAACGCGCCGUGCAGAUCGAGAAAGAACUCAAAGAGGGGGUUAAGAAGCCCUUCACAGAGGUCAUCAAGGCCAACAUUGGCGAUGCCCAUGCAAUGGGCCAGCGACCAAUCACCUUCUUCCGGCAGGUCUUAGCGCUGUGCUCAUACCCGGAACUCCUGGAUGAUCCCAGCUUUCCGGAGGAUGCUAAAAACCGUGCACGCCGCAUCCUACAGUCCUGUGGAGGGGGCAGUAUUGGGGCCUACAGCGCCAGUCAGGGCAUAGAGUGCGUGCGGCAGGAUGUUGCCCGCUACAUCCAGCGGCGAGACGGGGGGAUACCCUCUGACCCCGACAACAUCUACCUGACCACCGGGGCCAGUGACGGCAUCGUGACGAUGCUGAAGCUGCUGGUGUGUGGAGAGGGGGAGUCCCGCACUGGGGUGAUGAUCUCCAUCCCGCAGUACCCCCUGUACUCAGCCGCACUGGCGGAGCUGGGCGCCGUCCAGAUCAACUACUACCUGAACGAGGAGCAGUGCUGGAGCCUGGACAUCAGCGAGCUGAAGCGCUCCCUGGCUGCAGCUCGGAGGCACUGCAACCCCCGCGCCCUCUGCAUCAUCAACCCCGGCAACCCCACCGGUCAGGUCCAGAGCAGGCAGUGCAUUGAGGACGUGAUCCGAUUCGCCGCUGAGGAGAACCUCUUCCUGAUGGCUGAUGAGGUGUACCAGGACAAUGUGUACGCGUAUGGCUGUAAGUUCCACUCCUUUAAGAAGGUGCUGUUUGAGAUGGGGCCGGAGUACUCUGAGCAAGUGGAGCUGGCCUCCUUCCACUCCACCUCCAAGUGCUACAUGGGAGAGUGCGGCUUCCGUGGGGGCUACAUGGAGGUGAUUAACAUGCACCCCGAGGUGAAGGCUCAGCUCACCAAACUGGUGUCGGUCCGUUUGUGCCCCCCCGUCCCGGGACAGGCCCUCAUGGACCUGGUGGUGAACCCCCCUCAGCCUGGAGAGCCGUCCUAUACCACCUUCCUCAAGGAGCGUAACGCUACGCUGAGCGCGCUGGCGGAGAAGGCUAAGCUGACGGAGCAGAUUCUGAACACAGUCCCCGGUAUCACCUGUAACCCUGUGCAGGGGGCCAUGUACUCCUUCCCCCAAAUCACUAUCCCAGAGCGCGCCGUCAAAGAGGCGAAGGAAAAAGGCCAGGCCCCUGACAUGCUGUACUGUAUGCAGUUACUAGAGGAGACAGGGAUAUGCGUGGUUCCGGGAAGUGGUUUCGGACAGAGAGACGGAACCUACCAUUUCAGAAUGACCAUCCUGCCGUCCACUGACAAGCUGAAGGUCCUUCUGGAGAAGGUGAAGGAGUUCCACCAGAAGUUCACGCUGCAGUACUCCUAAUACCAGAGGGAGAGAGAG